AUGGAGGAGACCACGACGGCGAAGUACGUGCACUCGCUCGCGUUUGCUCUACACCCGAUAUCGCCAGCUCUCGCGGCAUGCCACGCAUCCAGAGCACGCCUCCUACGUCCCCCGACCCUUCACUCAGACUCAGCACGCCGUUCCUACCCACCCUCGUCAUGUCCCCGCUGUGGCAUCUUUCUCCUUGACGGAACAGGCCAAGUACGAUCGGUACAUUCAUCCACGAGUACAAGGAAGAGGAAGAGGAAUGGAAAGGGAUCUAGUUCGUCUUCUGCUGGGCGGUUCAGCGAAAUUACCUGCUCCUCGUGCGGUCAUGUCGAACGAACGCCUCGGCCUGUGGGCAAUGCAGCGCUCUUCCCUAAAGUGAGACGGAGAGCACCGUCUGCUGCUAGUGGAUUUGAUUCUGCCCGUACAAUCGCACCGAUACCGCAAUCAUCACGACCGACUGCAGCGGCGAUCGCAGUAUCAAACCCUCCUCUCAUGCAUACCUCUUCUCCCUCUCCCUCUACCCCUUCCCACCAACAACCACCUCCAUCAAUCCCACCACCACCACCACCAUCAACAACACAUACCCGCCCCCAGAGCUCAACGCCACAACCACCUCAACCACCACCACCACCGCCACCAACAACAACAACAAAGAAAGCCCGAGCGAAGAAGAGAUCCGGUCUUCAGGAAUUAUUGGCCCGGAACAAAGAGAAGCAGACAGGAAACAAGGAGGGUGAUGGACCAGGAUCUGGGCUGGCUUCGUUCUUGAGUAGUCUCUGA